AUGACAUUUAAAUAUGUCGCCAUCUGUGCUAUUUUUUUUUUGGGCGCGUGCAGCGAGGUCGCAUCGUGGACCAUAGAUUUACCGGAAGUGAGAAAAUACUUUUUCUCCAAAUACAACCAAGAGAAUCUUGAAAAAAGCAUAAUUGAUAGACGUAAUGAGAAUAGCGAAUUUUAUGAUAACAUCGAUGGGAAUAGUAUGGAUAAUAGCGAAAAACAUAACUACGUAAAUAAUUACGGCCAUUUUGAAAUCCCGGGCCAUAACGAGUUAAAUCCUCCCACAGAUAAUUAUGCUGAUGAUUAUAAAUACCAAGGCUAUAUGGAGAAAAAAGUACAGAACGCGCUGCAAAAAGGUACAGCAUAUUUGGAUGGAUUACGGUACUCAAUAGAGCGAUACACUGAGCUGCUGAAAAACUGCAGCAGGACCAAUAUUACUGCUAUCAAUUGGAACGACAUCCCAUCGUUUAAUUUCACGGAGAUACUCCCAAAUCCAUCAGCGACCUUCUCCAGCAUCCCGCCGAACUUCAACUUCACCGGCACCUUCAACGGGACGAGUUACACUGACGCGAACUUCACGGAAAUUCUCUUGAACUUCACUAGAAACUGGAACGUGACGUGUCGCCGCGCCACUGAGAAGCUGGAGCAGGUCAGAAGGCUGGCUGAUCUGGCGCUGUGGGCGACCAAGAGGUUGGAGGACAGUGUGUACGCUGACAAAUAUCAUAAACAUAGUGAUGUAGAGGAGAAUGAAAUGAUCCUCCGGCUGGCGUGGUACCUGGACCGGCUGGCGCAUUUCACCGGCUUUGACCCUAAUGUCGAGGACACCAAUCGAGGACACGUAAUCACGACCACCACUCAUAAUCAACCCCAACUCACUACUCCUGACUCGAACCAACCGCCGAGUGAAUUCCCCGAAUCUAUACCAGCGGCGUCUUCCUUGGAGCUUUUGAUCGCGGCCUCGUCCAAAUCCGCCGGCGGUUACCCGCCCAAUCUGACAGCUGUCAAAAAUCCCGCCGAAACUCUGACAGAUGUCAAAACCGUUCGGAAACGCUCCAUAGACGAGACCGCCAUGUUGAAGUUGAUUAAAUAUUACGUGAAGCACAAAGCGUGGGCUAAUUCGAAUCCAAUUGAGGAAGAUAUUACGAAUCAUGGAGACUAUGACGUCUCCAAUAGUUUGCCUGUAAAAUCUGUACAAAAACGUUCGUUAGUUUAUAAGAAAGCUCGUCACUUGCGAGCCACGAAACAGCGUCUGCAAGGUUUUAGCAAACUGCUCAAAAAGAAGGGCGAAAUACAUUACCCUAAGGCGAAGUUCGAAGCGAUUAAAAUUAAGGAAUUCGUUGAUAAAAUGCGUAAAAGCAAUACAUUUUCUCUGAUCAACAAUCUCAAACACAAAAUUGGUGGUGUUCACGAUUUAACAAAGGAUUUGCCUAUAAACAUACAUAAAAGGUCUAUAGAUGCGAAGAAUAAUAUUCAUAUGAAAUUGCCUGAAGAUCCAAUGCAGGAUAUCAGUAAAUACAUCAAAAAUAAGGCUGGAGUACACUAUAAUAACGAUAAAACAUUAGCCGAAAGGAUCAGAGACGCUAUAGACAGGAUGCGUAACAUAACAAAUUACUCGGACAAGGUAUGGCGGGCGAAACGUUCUGUAGUCAAAUCCAACGUUGUCAUCCACAAUCCGCCACAUUAUCCGGAAGAAGGCCCGAUUCAUAAAAUAGGCAAUUUUAUUAAGCAUAAAGCGAAAAUACAUUUACAAAAGAAACACGAACGAGCGCAUAAGAUUAAGGAAACUUUGGAAAAACUGUACCACGCGUCGGUCGUGUCGCAUAACCUCAAAAUUUUAGAUCACCAUCCUGUUCAUAAGAGAUCUGUUCAGUAUAAGAAUGUUUAUUUACCGCGCGUACCUGAGGAUCCUUUCCAAGAUAUAAGUUAUUAUAUUAAGAAUAAAAAGGGUACAGUUUACAAUAGAAAUCCAGUCCAAGCGGCGCUGGUCAGGGCGGGCUUGGAGCAAGUAUUCCAGACUGGGAACAUAGAAGUGAUUAGGAGGUACGGAUCGAAUUAUAUUCCUGGUAUACCGAACGCAUUUUAUUUUGGAAUUAUGAGAUCGUUGGCAGAUAUUUAA